CAGCUCAAGACGUCAUUUUGGCUUUAUUUCAUGUGGGGAAAAACUUCUGCCAAACUGGGGGUGAAAUAUUGCACACAGCAGCGAAAAGUGAACAAGCUGCCAUACAAGAAAGAAACAAAGAGCUAUUCCUUUCCAUUCUUUCUUUUUAUUACUUUAAAUCCACCCCCCUCUCUCUCGAGCUCAACUUGUAAUACAAAUGUUGAAACCUAAUACGCUUCAACGUGCUCUUCCAGUAUUAGCACGUCGACAAGUCACAGCUAUUCCUUCUAUUACAGCACGUCGUACGUUCGCCACAGAGGCACCUCCGGAUCCAAACGCUAACCCCAUUACAGGCAAAACAACUUUCGGCAAUUUGCAUGACGAUGAUCGUAUCUUUACCAAUCUCUAUUUAAAGCAUGACUUCAAGUUAAAAGGUGCUUUAAAAAGAGGAGACUGGUAUAAGACAAAAGAGAUCGUUUUGAAGGGUCAUGAAUGGAUUUUGAAAGAAAUGAAAGAAUCCGGCCUCCGUGGCCGCGGUGGUGCCGGUUUCCCUACUGGCCUCAAGUGGAGUUUUAUGAACAAGCCUUUAGACGGCCGUCCUCGUUAUCUCGUUAUCAAUGCAGAUGAAGGCGAACCUGGUACCUGUAAGGAUCGUGAAAUUUUGCGCGGCGAUCCACACAAAUUAAUUGAAGGCUGCCUUAUUGCUGGUUCUGCAAUGAAAGCCAAUGCUGCUUACAUUUAUAUUCGUGGAGAAUUCUAUCAAGAAGCAACCCAUUUGCAGAUUGCCAUUGAUGAAGCUUAUAAAGCUGGAUUAAUUGGUAAGAAUGCUUGUGGAACUGGAUAUGAUUUUGACGUCUAUAUUCACCGUGGUGCUGGUGCUUAUAUUUGCGGUGAGGAGACCAGUUUGAUUGAAUCGAUCGAAGGCAAGCAAGGUAAGCCCAGAUUGAAGCCUCCAUUCCCUGCCGAUAUCGGUCUUUUCGGCUGUCCCACUACUGUCACCAACGUCGAAACCGUUGCUGUCGCUCCAACAAUUCUUAGACGCGGUGGAUCAUGGUUUGCUAGUUUUGGUCGUCCUCGUAACUCCGGUACCAAACUUUUCUGUGUUAGUGGACAUGUCAACAAUCCUGCUACUUUUGAAGAGGAAAUGUCUAUGCCUUUGAAAGAAAUGAUUGAAAAGCAUUGUGGUGGUGUUCGCGGUGGUUGGGAUAACUUACUUGGUAUUGUCCCAGGGGGUUCUUCUGUACCUGUUCUUCCCAAGUCGAUAUGUGAAGAUGUUUUAAUGGACUUUGAUGCCCUCCGUGAUGUCAAUUCUGGACUUGGAACAGCUGCCGUCAUUGUCAUGGAUAAAAGCACAGAUAUUGUAAAAGCAAUUUCCAGAUUCUCUAAAUUUUACAGACAUGAAUCAUGCGGUCAAUGUACGCCAUGCAGAGAAGGUACAAAAUGGUUAGAAUCCAUGAUGGAUCGUUUUGAAGUUGGCAGAGCCAAAAAAGAAGAAAUAGAUCAAAUCUGGGAACUAACAAAGCAAAUUGAAGGCCACACCAUUUGUGCCCUUGGUGAUGCAGCAGCAUGGCCAGUACAAGGUUUAAUUCGUCGUUUCAGACCAGAGUUAGAAGCAAGAAUAGAAAAAUUUAAUGCACAAAACAACUACGCCAAACUUGAAUAGAUAUUAUUAUUUGAUCAAAUAGCUGUUUCCAUUUAUUGACUAGUAUAUUUUACCCCGCGAAAUAAAACCUAUUUUCCGCUUCAGC